GACCGUAUGAGCAAGUGACGGUUUUCUUUUGUUUACUUUCUCUUUUGAUUAUUGUGAUAUGAUUAUAAAGAUUUUCAUAGGCUGCACAAUUCUGUUUGAAAGUCGAAAGUGUCUGGUAUCAUUUUAUGCAAAGAGUUGAGAGAUAAACGUGGAAAGCGCUUGGUAAUUGAUAAAAGAGAAAGCGAAGAAAACGAAACGGUCGCUUGCUCUUACAGCCUUCUGAAAAAUCCACCAGCGUUGGUUUUAUUCAUAUACGAUGUUUGCAGGUGUCAUUGAUUCGAACGUAAACGAUUUGUUUAAAUAAUUUAUUGGUCAAAUUAGUUCUGCAUAUAUUGUGUUUACUUCAAUAUUUACCUGCACAAAUCCUUGUCAAUGGCACAGAGUGGGAACAUGUCAUCAGUUUUAGAAGACGGUGGGAAUUCGGAUGAUUCAGGAGGUGAACAUCUACUGAAACCUGGCGUGGCGCUACGAGAACAGGAUCGUUUUCUACCAAUAGCAAAUAUUACUAAAAUAAUGAAAAAAGGUAUUCCUUCCAAUGGAAAAAUUGCCAAGGAUGCACGAGAGUGUGUCCAAGAGUGCGUUUCGGAAUUCAUCUCCUUUAUCACAUCUGAAGCGAGUGAAAGGUGCCAUACUGAAAAACGGAAAACCAUCAAUGGAGAGGACAUCCUUUGGGCCAUGUAUACGCUAGGUUUCGACAACUACGUUGAACCACUAAAGCUGUAUCUUAUGAAAUAUCGUGAGAGUACUAAAACUGAACGAUCGAGUCCCGAGCAUUCGCCUGAGCCAUACGAUGCGGUUGAUCAGGACUUUAACUCUGUUCAAACACCAACCGCUAGUUCAAAUGUUUCCACGGACGUCAUCUUUCAAAGCUCAGAUGGAACCUUUUAUUUGAAAAGCGACACUUUUUGAAAUCUAUGUUAAGUAAACGUUAGAAGUGUUUGAUCUACUUAGUAUAGGAUUUAGGACUUUUUUCUUUGUAAAAUGCUGUAUUAUUUCCACACAUCUAUCAUUUUUUAAAUUAAAUAAACAUAAAGAU